AUGUCCUCCUCAAUAUCAGCAUCCUCCACCGCCUCCUCCACCGCCUCGGCAACCUCCAGCUCGUCCUCAAUAGUCGGCAACACCAACAGCUCCUCCUUCAAGAUUGUCGGCAUCUGCCUCGCAGUCGGCAGUGGUCUCCUCAUCGGUACCAGCUUUGUCAUCAAGAAGAAGGGUCUGAUCAACUCUACGAAAAAGUAUGGGAACCAAGCGGGAGAAGGUCAUGCGUAUUUGAAGAGCUGGAUGUGGUGGCUGGGGAUGAUCACGAUGAUCGUCGGGGAGAUAUGCAACUUUGUGGCAUAUGCGUUCACCGAGGCUAUCUUGGUCACUCCCAUGGGCGCGCUAUCCGUCGUCGUCGCAGCUGUCCUCUCCCAUUUCCUGCUCAAAGAAAAGCUCACCUUCUUUGGCUGGAUCGGAUGUACGCUCUGUAUAAUGGGCGCCGUCAUCCUCGCCCUAAACGCCCCCGAAGAACAAUCCGUAACCACCAUAUCCGCAUUCAAGAAACUCUUUCUCUCUGCCGGCUUUCUCGCCUGGGCAAGUAUCCUCAUCGUAGGCAGUCUGGUCGUGAUCUUCUACGUGGCUCCUAGGUGGGGCAAGAAGAGCAUGUUGCCGUAUAUCAGUAUUUGUUCGUUGAUCGGGGGACUUAGUGUGAGCUGUACGCAGGGGUUGGGGUCGAGUAUCGUGACGAGUAUCCAGGGAGAUAAUCAGGUCACGAACUGGUUCUUCUGGUUCUUGUUUGUCUUUGUGGUAAUCACUUUGCUCACAGAGAUCAACUACCUAAACAAAGCUCUCGAGCUAUUCAACACAUCCAUGGUCGUCCCCGUCUACUUCUGCUUCUUCUCCUCCGCCACCCUCAUCACCUCCUUCAUCCUCUACCAAGGCCUCAAAGCCUCCGCCGUAACGCUCAUCACCAUGGUCCUCGGCUUCCUCGUCACAUGUCUCGGCAUCACCCUCCUCCAACUAUCCAAAGUCGACCCCGAAGCCCUCGAAUCCCAACUCGACCGCCGGUCCACGAUGCUCAUGGAAGCGUCGAGACACCAGACGGGGGAUGUGGAGAAGGGCGAUGUGGUGGGGAUGGAAGAUCCUGGGAUGGAUGCGCUGAGGGGCGGGUUCGGGGCGGUGGGCAGUAUUAUCAGGGCGAGGAGUGUUAGUCGGAGGUUGAGUAGUGGGAGUACGUUGAGUAAUGGGGGAAAGUAUGGGGCCGGGGGGUUGUCGACGCAUGGGAUGGGGAAUAUGCCGAGGUAUCAGUUGUCGGACAACCCGAUGCCAUCGGAUGCGAUGAGCCAGAUCUCGAUGCACAGUGCCAAAUCACCCUCGUCGAGGAGCUUUAUGAGCAGCCACGCACACUUUUUGAGUCCCAACAGGACUGGAAACUCGAGAGACGACGGCGAUAUCGUCAACAUGUACCAAUACGACCGCGAAGACUCUCACAACCUCCACGCCCCUCCCCCUCCCGUCCGUUCCUAUUCGACCGAAAACUACCAUCACACAUACCACCCCAACCCGCUCUACCCGCCCGUACUCGAAGAAGACGAACAAGGGUACGAAAACGAAGUCGACUCGAAAGGCCGGUAUGGGUCGAGUAGGACAAAGAUAUAUGUGGAUGAUGCGCCUGAUCAGGUGAAUAGUGCGCCGGUUCUCGGAAAGGGAAGUAGUGGAGGGGGGUAUAAGAAUCCGUAUGAUGUUUACCCCGCAAGGGCGAACGAGCCAAAACCGAUGCCGAUAGCGAAAUCCCAAAAGAGCAUCGGCAACAUCUUCCAUUUCCCUUCCGGCCCCGACCUGUCGCUCGAUAUACCCAGCCAUCAGCGCAACAGGCAAGAUUCCAGCCGAUCCUCUCGGAGAGAAAAGGAUCAGUAUCCGACAUUGUCAAAGAAGGAUAGGAACGAUGCGCAGGAGAGGGAAGAGCGCCGGGGGCUUGUGAGGAGUGAUAGUGAUGGGUCUGCGGAGAUGAUCAACUCUAGCCCUGAGGGUGGGGAUGGAGAUGGGGGGGAGGGGGAGGUGAGCGAUGAUGAUGCGAUGUCGAGGCAGAGCGAACCCCCGAGCGCGAUAUCGACGAGGGCGACGAUAGGGAGGGGCACGAGGGUCAACCUUUCUCAGACGGAUUUGAGGAGUGAGAGGAGUGGAGGGUCGGGGGGUGAGCCGGUGAGGAAGGGGACGAAGAGUAGUAGGAGCCAGGCCCGGAUUCAGCAGCAGCAGGGGGGAAGCAAGGCGCCGAGGAGGUUACCGGAUGUCCCUGGUUUUGCGGCUGGACCGCCUUACGGAUCUUGA